AACAUGAUCAUCACAAUUAUUCGUAUUACAUUCGAUUUGUUAAUUUUAAUUCGAAAUUGAUAAUUAUAAAAUAAAAUGAAAAAUAAAAAGAAAAGCAAAUCCGAUCAAAUUGUUAAUGAAUCGGGUACGUUUUUGCUUGAAGGUCGUCGAUCAUGUUUGUGCGAGGCAAGUAGGCAUGAAUUGAUCAACAAUUGUCUUACAUGUGGACGUAUUGUUUGUCAACAAGAAGGCAGUGGUCCAUGUUUUACAUGUGGUACCCUUGUCUUUAACAAACAACAACGUGAUCAAUUAUUAUCCGGUUCCGAUGAAGCAAUGCAAAAAGUGCAACAAUUAGCUGAUUCCGGUGCACGUUUAGAUUUUAUGGAUCAAGUGACAGACAGUUUAAAUAAAAAACGAAGUCUUAAAGAAAUUGCCGCUUCGUUAACGAGCAAUCCAAACCUCGACAAAGCAAUCGAACAAAAAAACAAACUAUUGGAAUUCGAUAAAAAAUCCGUUGCACGAUCCAAAGUGUUCGAUGAUCAGGUUGAUUAUUUUACAAUACAAUCGCAAAAUUUCAUCACUGAACAAAAUCGAAGAGCCAUUACCGAUCGUGUUGAUUAUCUUGUUGAAAAUAAAUUCAAUAAAAUCGAUAAAAUUGCUAUCGAUUUCAAAAAUCUCACUGUAAGUGAUUAUACGGAAUCUGUCAUUAAAAAUAUUGAUGAUGAACAUCGUAAAUUGGAAGAGCUGAGUACUAUUACCACUGAUUAUGAGUUUAAACCAUCAUCAUAUUUCAUCGAGGAUAAUGAAAAAAUUGUCAAGAAAACUUUGCCUCCACCUAUUUAUGUUCCAAGCCUAGAGACGAUUGAUGACCAUGGAAAAAACAAUGGCAAUAAUAAAAAGAAAACUGAUUCUAAUCAUUCGAACAAAUCUAUGUUGCCAAAAAUGAUUUCAAUGAAUGAAUUCGAACAACGAAUACAGGACAAUGAGAUGGCAAAGAUUGAUGAUCAUGGUAUGUGUUUGGCCGUUCGUCAGCCAUACGCAUCAUUAUUGGUCGCUGGUAUUAAACGAUUCGAAGGCAGGACAUGGUAUAGCUCAUUCAGAGGACGUUUAUGGAUUUAUGCAGCACAUAAAAUACCAAGCGAUGCAGAAAUUCAAGAUGUCGAACAAUUCUAUAUAAAUUUAGGUAAUAAAAAUUUUCCACGUAGCUAUCCAACUGAUGUGAUAAUUGGUUGUGUUAUGGUUGAAGAUUGUCUUCCCGAAGAAGUUUAUCGAAAACAAUAUCCUGAAUGUGAAAUCGAAAGUCCAUAUGUCUUUAUUUUUGAUUAUCCAAUUGCAUUCGCGCGGCCAUUACCGAUGGCUAAAGGUGGUGGUCGUCAAAUAUAUCGAUUAGAACCGAAAAUACAUCAAGCUUGUAAAGGAUUACUUGGAUUUUGAAUUUGAUGAUGAUCAUGUAAAUGUUUAUUUUAUAUAUUGAAUAAAUAAAAAUUAUGAAUAC